UUUCAUGUUCCCCACCCCACCAAUCGUAAAUUCACCGCACUGCCCCAGUUUCAGCGCUAAAAGAUGGACCACCGGAGCCACAGAUUCGUGUUAAACUUUUCGGAUGGAUCCCUGCCGAUCCAGGGGGAUUAUCCCGACCCCAGGAUAUUUAGCAACUGCUCUAGUUAUGGUGAUCGGGUGCCGGGCUUGAGCUUAGCUGAGCUUUCCAUACAUCAUUUGGGACAGCUCGAGUAUUUGGAGAAUCCAAAACAAGUGAUACUGGAAGCCAUCUUUGAUGUGAUUGACGGCGAGGAGUUCUAUCCGGUGGCCUAUGAUUGUGGACCUCGCCUCGUAAAUUUCUUGCGCGUGCCUGCAAGCCGGCGAUCGAUAAGCUGUUUGCCCAGAAGCUCUGCACUGGAAGUGCAUAGCGGCGUGCGUGGCGUGUUGAAUCUGAGCAAUUUCGGGGCGAAUCCCUGUUUCAAGAAUAGUGUGGUUAGUCUGGCAAAUGUGGCCACCUUGAAGCAUGUCUGCAGCACCAUCUAUCACAACGAUGAGACAUUUAUCUCGGUGAAUGGGUUCAUUUUCGCGAACAAUCACAUGAAAAGCGUGGAUCCGCUCAAGCUAUUUGGCGAUGUCGAAUAUGGACUCGUGGAUCUCAGUGGAAUCAAGAUUGCUUCGUUGGUUCGUCUGUGGCGUGAAUUGAAGCGUGUUCGAGCGAAGGAACUGAAGCUGGCCAACAAUCCCAUCACCAUGAGUUCCAAAUAUCCCAACAGCAUUAAGGCGCUGCAGGGAAACUUCAGUAUGGUGGAUGGCAUUCCCCACGACAAGCUCCACAGCACCUAUACGCCCCUGAAGCACGAUAUCGAUUUGGUCGACGGCAUACGCAUUGACUGCACAAACAAAUCGAAGCUGGCUGAUUUUGGGCAUAGCGAAGAUUGGCAUGCAUUUUUGGUUUGUAAUUUCAAUCCCACGUCUGUACUUUUACCACUUUUUGACGGAAAGGAGCACAUUUUUCUAGUGCGCAACUGCUUCGAACAGAUUGCGUAUUUAGUGCACUGUUGCAAUCUGGAGAUACAAAUCCCCGAAACGGUGCCAAAGGUAGAAGAUCCAGAUGUGUGCAUGGGUCCUCGUACUAUUCCGUUCUAUAUGCGCAUGAAUGUCAGCCGCUUUAAGCUCCAUCAUGUGGAUCCCCAGGAGAGGAUUACCAAAUGCAUACAGAAGUGCUAUGUGGCCCAGAAUCGGCUGCUCAAAAUGUCAGACUUCCAGGCAACCGAGGGCCUUAAGGGGCUUUGGGUCCACGUGGGCUCGACGAGGAUUCUAACAAUUAUCUCGCGUCAGUACAUGUCAAACUGCUCGGAGAUCCGUCUGUGCAACAAUAAUAUUCUCAGGAUAGACGCCGCGCGCGUCCUGUCGCGAAUGGGGAGCCUGCGUGCGUUAUAUUUGGGCCAUAAUUGGAUAAACGAUUUGGAGGAACCGCUGAAGUCCCUGCGACUCCAUGGCAAUCCGCUGUGCCGAAAGUACAGCCUGCCCAAGCCCAAUGACUACAUCCAGGCAGUGAAGGAAAUCUUCCCCCAACUGACGACGCUGGAUGGGGUGGAUCUAAGCAGCAAGCCGGGCCAGGCACCGCAGAAGAACUUCCUGUGCGACAUUAGGGCCUACGAGCUGGUGGGCGACGUAGUAUUUCUUAGCAACUAUCUGCACGAGUUCGUGCAGGCGGACAUGCGGGCCAACCGCCUGAUGAAAUAUUACACGGAAAACUCCAUAUUCACGAUGACCAGCAACUAUGUGAUGGGGCGCUCGCAAUCAACGCAGCUCUUUAAGCGCAUCUCAAAGUACACCAAGCAUUCGCGGGACAUCAGAAAGUGGUCGGACUAUACCAAAGCCACAAACGAAUUUCAUGUGGGUUUGAUGGAGAUCAUUCGCGUGCUCAUGGAGCUGCCGAGUGUCGUCCACGACUUUCUAUCCCUCCAGACUGAUGUGAUGCACUACAAUGGCCAGUUGGCAGUUAUUCAUUUGACUGGUCUGAUGCGCGACGACUCUCCGAGCACACAUAACCAGGCGGAGCUCUAUUUGGCCUUUACCAGGAACUUCGUACUCAAGGUUGAUAAGGAGGGACUGGGCUUAGGAAAGUAGGCUUGCCGCUGGAAGAUCUCUAAUGACCACCUGAGCAUCGUAAAUCCCUCGAGGAACCAGGUACAAGGUGCGUUCAAGGUCUGCCCACUGCCAAGGAAUCGUCUGAAUGCGCCAGCCUCUGAGGAUUCACUUGGUGCCAAGAGCCACAAGCUCAUUUUGUUCCUCCAGCUUACCGGACUAACACCUUCCUGGUGCACAACGAUCGUGGAGUCGGCCGAAUGGGAUUUUGAACGCGCCAGCAAAAUGUUUCUUGAAAUGAAGAACAACAGAGAGAUUCCCGAAUUGGCCUUUGUCUAGGCAGACGGCAAGCAAGCAGCAGUACUUAAUGCUUUGCGGAAACCGAAUUUAACACCAACACCAAUUUAACUAACCAAAGAACAAAUAUAUAUCAAUAUCAGAAUAUCUACUAAGAAUUUUUUCCUUCAAUCUACCUUCACAUGUUUUCGAAUACUAAUACGAAUACAAUUCUCCAAAGAAAUUAAAGCGUACAAAAAUGCCAUAGAUAACCAUUUCGAAUAAUGCUUAGAUGGCUAAAAAAAACAUUUAUUAUGAUAUUUAAAGAGUUAUUCACUGGCAAAACACGAAUCAUCUCCUAGUAAUUGGAGACUCCUAUACAGAGACUUUCAUAGCAAAUACACAUGUAUAUAAGUAUAGUUGUUUAUAUCUCCAUAUCUAUAUCCAUAUCCACCUCCUCUCCGCUGUGUUCAUUUUGGGUUAGCAUAAAUUGUAUGCAAAAUAUUUGAAGCUGCCGCCCGGAGUAGAGGAGGAGUGGAGCAGUGUUCGUUCGAGUUAGAGAAUAUACAAGAAAAUGCCAUCGCUUACAAUAUUUAAAUAUUUUGUAGACUAGAAAAUGUUACCCUAAAUACAUUAAGAAUAUAUUUCUUGUAUACAUAUGUAUGUAUGAUGCAUACACAGAAGACCCUUAUACGAUAAGUUACGUUACACAAAAAUUAGGUGAAGUGAAAGUCCGACUAAGCUCUAAGAAUUUGCAUAUAUCAUUUAGUGGUACAUAUAUGUAUGUAUAAUGGAUAUUAGUCAAGCUGGUUUUGGAUCAUGCAAAUGCAAAAAUUUUCAAAUUCAGAUGGUUUCAGUUUUUGGCGAUUUUCGAUUGAAUUGAAAGAAGUUUCUGUGUUUUUAUCAAUGCUUUUUAUGUCUUGAUAUUUAAUUCCACAACUUAAAUUUUUGUAUAACCGAAAUAACCGAAAGGAAGGCUUUUCCCUUGGCCAAUGCCAAUGCCUAUGCCAGUGUGUAUGGAUGAAAACUCUUUCCUUUCAAACCAUGAGCGCCGACCAGGUCUAGCUGGCCCUGGCCCUUAUCAAAUAAUAUCAAAUUAGUCUGUUGCGUUUCGCUUUCGUGUCACUCUCUCUGUCUCUGUUGUUUCUGUGCCUUCUGCGAGGGGAGACCGAGGCUGUGAUUGUGAUUUGUAUUUAAAAAAAAAUUACAAUAUUUAAUUUAUCAGGAAAAAAGAAAAAGGGGGGAUGCAAAUAGUUGUAAUAAUAGUAUCUAAAGCCAUCGUGUAUCUGUGCAUGUGUGUGUGUGCGAAACGCGGCAAUUGGUAUGGUUUUUUUUGGCUUCAAACAAAAAAUU